UUUUGAAGACGCCUGAGUCCUCCCACUACUUCCGUGUUUGCGCACCUCCUGCGUGUUGCUGGCCUUCGCUGCAGACUCAAGAGUGUCUUCGGGCUGGUAUUUUAAGAUAUAUAAUCAUGUCUCUGGAGGUGGAAUCCGCAGACGUGAUCCGUCUGAUUAUGCAGUACCUAAAAGAAAACAAUCUGCACCGGACUCUAGCCACCCUGCAGGAGGAGACCACAGUGUCUCUGAACACCGUGGACAGCAUAGAGAGCUUUGUGGCAGACAUAAACAGCGGCCACUGGGAUACUGUCCUGCAGGCCAUCCAGUCCCUCAAGCUGCCAGAUAAGACCCUGAUAGACCUUUAUGAACAGGUUGUGUUGGAGUUGAUCGAGCUGAGAGAGCUGGGCGCAGCUCGUUCACUUCUCAGGCAGACCGACCCCAUGAUCAUGCUUAAACAAACCCAACCAGAGAGAUACAUCCACCUGGAGAACCUGCUGGCUCGCUCCUACUUCGAUCCCAGAGAGGCGUAUCCAGACGGCAGCAGUAAGGAGAAGCGCCGAGCAGCCAUCGCCCAGGCCCUGGCAGGGGAGGUCAGUGUGGUGCCACCCUCUCGUCUCAUGGCUCUGCUGGGACAGUCACUGAAGUGGCAGCAGCAUCAGGGACUCCUGCCUCCCGGUAUGACCAUUGACUUGUUCAGGGGUAAAGCUGCCGUCAAAGAUGUGGAGGAGGAGCGAUUCCCCACCCAGCUCAGCAGACACAUCAAGUUUGGACAGAAAUCUCAUGUGGAGUGUUCUCGAUUCUCCCCCGAUGGUCAGUACCUGGUCACCGGCUCUGUGGACGGCUUCAUCGAGGUCUGGAACUUCACCACCGGCAAAAUCAGAAAGGAUCUGAAGUACCAGGCUCAGGAUAACUUCAUGAUGAUGGACGAUGCAGUGUUGUGUAUGGGCUUCAGUCGGGACACAGAGAUGUUGGCCACCGGAGCUCAAGAUGGAAAGAUCAAGGUGUGGAAGAUCCAGAGCGGUCAGUGUCUGAGGAGAUUUGAACGUGCCCACAGUAAAGGAGUAACAUGUGUCAGCUUCUGUAAAGACAGCAGCCAGCUCCUCAGUGCUUCCUUCGACCAGACAAUCAGAAUCCACGGACUGAAGUCAGGUAAAACCCUUAAGGAGUUCCGCGGUCACUCCUCAUUCGUCAACGAGGCCACUUUCACUCCAGAUGGCCACCACAUCAUCAGCGCUUCCUCCGACGGUACAGUGAAGGUGUGGAACAUGAAGACCACUGAGUGCUCCAACACCUUCAAACCUCUGGGCACGUCAGCAGGCACCGACAUCACCGUCAACAACGUCAUCCUGCUGCCCAAGAACCCGGAGCACUUUGUAGUGUGUAACCGCUCCAACACAGUGGUCAUCAUGAACAUGCAGGGACAGAUCGUGAGGAGUUUCAGCUCCGGUAAGAGGGAAGGUGGUGACUUUGUGUGCUGCACCCUGUCGCCCCGGGGCGAGUGGAUCUACUGCGUGGGUGAAGACUUUGUGCUCUACUGCUUCAGCACAGUCACCGGCAAACUGGAGCGAACGCUGACGGUCCACGAGAAGGAUGUGAUCGGCAUCGCCCACCACCCCCACCAGAACCUCAUCGGCACCUACAGCGAGGACGGCCUGCUGAAGCUCUGGAAGCCUUGAGGUGCUGACGCCCAAUUGAGACUGGACGUUCUCGCUCAGCAGCUGCUCUCCUCACUCUGGACACUGCUCUGCCCGUCUCUAUUUGUUUUUGUCAAUUUGCAGCCCUGGUGAAUCACUCCCAGGUCCAUGUGGACUUAAAGGUUUGGAUGUAUAUGUGGAUGAUCCCAGUUAAACCAUCAGUUUUACACAUUUAGCUGCAUGUUUCCAUUUGAAACUGGUAGUGUGUGUUAUGCAUAACAAUGCGGAGAGUGUACAGGUACUUUUUGUAUCAUUGAAAGCAUGCAGCUGAAUGUUGACAGUUUAUGUCAGUAUGGGUUGUUUUCACAGCAGAGCCUUAUUUACCUCAACCUGUGAGGGUAAAGGGGAGUUUUUAGAUUUUUCACUUUUGUACAAGAGUCAAGUCUCAGUUUUUUGGAAACGUGUCAUUCAGUUUCUAAAAUAUUACAUUUUCAGUCUAUGAAAUACUUUUUCAGUUUGUUCACAAACAUAGAAAUUUAUUUAACGUGUAUUUUACAAAACAACACUUUCGUUACUUUGACACUCUAUUCAUUUGGGUCGGUGUCAUGUUAUUCAAGAGUUGGAUAAAGAAACUUCUGAACCAGACACCAAUGAUUAUUGCAAAUAUUCUUUAACUGUACUCAAGAAAGGUGCUUUUGUAAUUGUCCAUAAAGU